AUUUUUCCCUGAACUUAUCUAAAAAGGAAAAAAGAAAAUGGUUUACAUGCCAAAGUUAGUUGUUAAGAUGAACCGUGCAGACAUAGUGGAUUUGAGUAGUGAUGAUGAUCUUGGGGAGGUAGAUGUGAAACCUGUCAUUGUGGAGCCAAGUAUUAUUGGGGGCAUAGUGAAGCAAAAACACCACCAGAAGGCCCAGGCACCUAAGCUUGAUAGACCUAGAGCACAAGAAUCUGAAGAAAAUAGAAGCUCAAUUGCUUUCAGUGCUGGGAAUAGCAGCAAUAGUGUGUUGGAGCAAGGACAUUCUCCAGUGGAUGAUACAGUUGUUUCUUCAGUGGCAACUUUAUCUCCAGCACCAGUCUGCCGCCAGUUCUGGAAAGCUGGGAAGUAUGAUGGGGUGCUUGGUUCCAAAGUCACACUCCAAAAUGAUGGUGGUGGGAUGGACACUGAUGCAAUGCGGCUUUGUAUGAGUUUUGGAUUUUCAAAUAGGAAGUCAAAAUCUGCUAUUGGACAAUAUGGUAAUGGUUUCAAGACUAGUUCUAUGAGACUUGGAGCAGAUGUUAUUGUUUUCGGUCACCACCUCAACAAUAGGUCAUUAACUCAGAGCAUUGGUCUUCUGUCUUAUACAUUCUUGACAAGAACAGGCCAUGACAGAAUAGUGGUUCAUUUGGUUGAUUAUGAGUUUAAUACGUCAAAAGGUGCAUUAGAUGUAGUAGAUUGUAGAGAACAUUUUGUGGCAAAUCUCUCCAUGUUAUUGGAGUGGUCUCCAUAUUCAACAGAAGCUGAGCUUCUGAAGGAAUUUGAUGACAUUGGCUCCCAUGGCACAAAAAUUAUCAUCUACAAUUUGUGGUUCAAUAAUGAAGGGAAAUUGGAGCUAGACUUUGAUUCUGAUUCUAAGGACAUUCGCAUUCAAGGGGACACCAAAAAGGUUGGCAGGGCUGUAAAUGAAGUGCAUAUUGCUAACCAAUACAAUUAUUCUUUGCGUGGUACAGUAGUAACUACAAUUGGUUUUCUUAAAGGAUCUCCACAAGUUAACAUCCAUGGAUUUUGUGUCUACCACAAGAACCGUCUAAUUCUGGUUGUUAGCUAUUCAGAUAAUAGGGGUAGAGGAGUGGUGGGUAAGAAGCCUACAAAAUUGGUCAUUGCUUGAUUGUUGAUUCUUUCUUUUGAUGAAUACAUGCUAAGUGAUGCGUUUAUUCUUUAGGUGCUUUGGAAGCUAAUUUUGUCGAACCAACUCAUAAUAAACUAGAUUUUGAGAGAACUUCCCUCUUUCAAAAGCUUGAAUGUCGCUUGAAGGAAAUGACAUGGGAAUACUGGGAUUAUCAUUGUGGACUUAUAGGAUAUCAGCCCAAGAAGAAGCCUUGACUUCCUGAAUUUUCUCAGAUUUUAUCAGACUAUGCUGGAAACAGUGGUAUGCAACAACCUAUUCUGUUCAAUCAACAUUCCAAAGCUCUUGAUAGAAUGAAAGCAGGAUCGACAAGUGGAAAAGCACAUCACUCAGUACCCAACCCUCAUGUUGGAGCAGCACAGGGCUAGUCCUUAAAUGAAAUAAUCUGGUUCUCUUUGUAAAAAUAAGAGAUUCCAUUUUUA